UAAUCCAUCAAUCAUCGUCGUCGUCGUCGUCGUCGUCGUCGCGGGUUGUCGUUCCACUGGAUAAGGUGGUCGGACCAUCAAAGAGAGAGAAAGAAGAGAGAGAGAGAGAGAGAGAUGCUGGCGAUUCGGUCUCGAGCCCUUCCCGCAGUCGCUCCCUCCGCGCUCGUCGCAGUGCUCGUCGCGUUCUCUGUGGAGUGCUUCUAGCUGGAGUGUCUAGGAUGUUCUGUUCUCUCUGGGGUGGUUUCCAGCGGCUAUAAAAGGUUGUGUCUUCAAACAUGGCAUCGUCCCACUCGGAUUCUGCGAAGAUGGAGCAGAUUAUCACUGAAUUCUUUGCCAAGAGUCUCCACAUAAUACUUGAGUCGAGGAGCCCUUGCAUUUCCUCGCGGAAUUUCAGUGGUGAACAUAUCGUGUCCUCCCCAUCUUCGUCCUCUUCUUCCUCAUCGAGCGUGAGGCCCAGAGAUAAAUGGUUCAAUUUAGCUCUUAGAGAAUGCCCUGAAGCGUUGGAGAAUCUUGAUUUUUGGCACCAAAGCAAUCUUGAACCUAUGGUUGUUGAUGUUGUUUUGGUGAAGAGAGUGAUUAACUGGGAUCCAGCCAAUUUUUAUCCCAAGGCGGAACUGUUCAGGAAUUUGUCGUCAAAAGAAGUGUAUUCAAAUUGCUGGAACUCUGACCAGGAGGAGCUAGGAAAUGGAAGGAGUGAAAAGAUAAUAGAAAGAUGGAUAGUGCAGUAUGAGGCGAGGAAGGCCAAGGAUGCUGGCAAGGGGAGCAAAAGAUCGAGCAGUAAUGUCUUGUCAUCAAUUUAUAAGAAGUCGAUAUUGCUCUUAAGAUCCCUAUACCUAACUGUCCGGCUCUUGCCAGCAUAUAAAAUAUUUCGGGACCUGAAUUUAACUGGUCAAAUUCGCUCUUUCUCUCUGGCUCAUCGGGUUUCUUCUUUUGUUGAGCCCUUCACCCGUAGAGAAGAGGCUGAAAUGCAGCGAUUUGGGUUUGCCCCUGUGGAUACUUCAUCCGGUAGGCUUUGCCUUUCAGUGUUGUAUAGAUCAUCAUUAUCUGAUGUGAGUUCUGAGGCAUCUACACCAAUGUCCCCCCAGCUUAUACCAGAUUAUGUGGGCAGCCCAUUGGCUGACCCGCUUAAGAGAUUCCCAUCGCUUCCUGUAUCUCGUGGCUCCCCCUCAUCAUUGCCAUUCUCAAGGAGACACAGUUGGAGUUUUGAUCAAUACCGCGCCUCUCCGCCUUCCAUGACUUUCUCACCUUCACCAACCCAUUCCGAACCUUAUGCUUCAGCUUCUAACCCCAGUUCUUCUCGGUUUCCCCCUCCAGGUUUGCCACCUCACCCACCUGAAGUAUCUCAUGCUCAUAAAUAUAAUGCGAACUUUGAUGAAUACUAUCCGUCCCCUACCUUUUCUCCUUCUCCCUCACCCUCCCCACCCAUUUAUGUGCCUGGGAGUCGUCUUUCAGGGGCUCUUUUACGAUCUGAGAGUGCUCCAGUUAAUAUACCUGCAACAAAGUUUCUUAAUUCCCCUACGUUGUUCAAGAACCAAAAUCUCCCUCCUUCACCUCCUCUCAAAGGUACAAGAUAUGGCCCUUCAAUGGCUGAUAAAAGUAUGUAUCCCAGCCGUGACAGUGCAACGGUGGACAAGAUGUCUUUUGUCGGAAGGGAUGACAUAGGAAGACCUUCUGGGUUAAAAAUACCAUCUGAAAGUUCAGCAAAUAUCUCCUAUUCCAGAAGCUCCUGCAGGUCUUUCCCUGAUGAUUUUGAUGAGUCCGAGUACACUUGUGCGUUCGAUGUGGAUGAAGAUGAUGUGACUGAUCCAGGUAGCAGAGCGGAUUUAUUUGAUAAAAGAAGACAUGUGCAUGAUCCACUCCAGUCUGGUUCAUUUAUGCCAAUUAGAAAAUCUCAGGGUGCUGCUGUUGGAGCUCUUGUGGAUAUGUUGAAGAAAGCUCCUCCUCUUCACCAAGAUGUCUCAAAUUUGGCAACAGCUUCACAAGGCUCUGGAUCUGAGACCUGGAGCAACACCUUCCAUGAGUAUUGCCAGACCCCUAAAUCCAUAUCAGCUCAAGAUGGCACUUCAAGCGUUGCAUCCUCUGCUUUUCUUGUGUCCAAGACGACAGCUGAUGCCUUGGAAGAACUUAAGGGUUAUAAGGAGAUGAAGAAUUUAUUGCUUUCUCAAGGGGGUACCAGUAGGUCACGGAGUGUGACCAAUCAUGCUGCUGCUGUAGAAUCUGCUGAUGAAGGUACCGUCAAAUUUUAGCAGAGGUACCUGUGGGAUUCACUGCUGACCAACCUCAAAUCUUUUUACACAUGUACAGACAAGCAUCAUGAGAUUGAGUUAGCAGCUGAGUCCUACUGUUCAUAUUUAAUCCGUACAUACUUAAUACCUGCUAUUGGAAAUACUAACCGGUGCUUUCGCUUUAUAACAUGACGAAUCACCAUGGAGGAAGUAUACCCUACUUUGUACAGAGACCUUACCCUAUUGCUUUGUUUUUCUUACUUAUGGUUUCAAUCUGCUGCUGGUGUGAUUAUCAGCAGAUUGUUAUGUCGAUUGUUAUAUCUGUCGACAGUUAUAUAGAGAGUGCGUGCUGGUAUAUAUUCUGAGAUGUAAACAAAAACUAAUCGUGCAUAAACUUUAGUGGGCAAUAUACAAAAAUUUCCUUCAGCCUAUGCUGCUCUUAAA